UACAACUGAAACCCACAUGUAAAAAAUGAUAGUAUAGGGCCUAUAGGCACGAAUUUGCAGCAUGAGAAUUUUUUCCCACCGGCCCAUUAUACCCUUCUGUCAGUUCUGUUCUUUGAUGAGCGGAGGAGCAAACCCUAAAUCCCAAAUUGACGUCGGAAGUAAUCAGUUCUUGGAACAGUUAAUUGCUGGCGGGUCGAAGCUGAGCAUAGAGACCAUUAGUCUUUGGUGAGUCCCUUCUCGUUCACUGAAAGUACUGCGCUUUUGUCUGAUCUUUUCUGGGUCCAUUGCAAUUAUGCUUGGUUCUAAUUCUUGUAAAAGAUUGCAAUUACUGCUUCCAAGCUGUAGAAUUGUUGGUGGUUCAGUGACCCAUUUGCAUUUCUUUCAAAAAGAACCUAUUUUUAUCAGCUCAUAUUCAUCAAAAUCAUCAUUAGUUUCUGGAAAUGAUAAGCUACAAGAAAAAGUUAUCUCUUUUACAGUUUCAUACCUCAUAAACUCAUGUGGGUUGUCCCCAAAACUGGCUCUCUCUGCUUCCAAGACUGUACAGUUUGAUAACCGAGAAGGACCAGACUCAGUUCUUAAUGUUCUAAGAAACCAUGGAUUCUCUGAUGACCACAUCUCCCAACUUGUUAGGAAACGCCCAAAGCUGCUCUCAGCCAAUGCUGAGAAGACCGUUGUGCCCAAACUUGAGUUUCUCAGUUCUGUUGGCUUGUCAGGCACUGGCCUUUUUCGGGUCCUCUAUUCCAACCCAGAUAUAAUAUUGAAACACAGCCUAGAGAGAACUAUCAUACCUUGUUAUGAUAUUAUCAAAAGUUUACUUCUUGUCGAUGAAAAGGUUGCUCUUUUUCUUAGGAGCUCAUAUAGGGUGAUGUCGAGCAAACUAAUCAAUAUGGUUCCCAAUAUUUCAGUUCUGAGAGCACUUGAAGUGCCACAAGCCUCAAUUUCUUUGUGGGUGACCUGUCAUCCUUUUGUACUGUCUCUUGAUACUGAGAAGUUCAAGGAAAAUAUCAAGAAGGUCACGGGUAUGGGAUUCGCCCCUUCAUCUGCGACAUUCAUGAAAGCACUCGAUGUAAUUAGUCUGACGGAUGCAUUAACAUGGGAUCAAAAGAUGGAAGUAUAUAAGAAGUGCGGUUGGACUGAAGAUGAUUUCUUGUUGGCGUUUAGAAAGAAUCCCUUUUUUAUGAGCUUAUCAUGUAAGAAGUUUUCGAGUAAAAUGGAUUUUCUUAUGAUGGGUUGGCAACCGGCAGAUGUGGCUCGAAAUCCAACUGUUCUAACUUAUAGUUUGGAGAAGUGGAUCAUACCUAGGUGUUCAGUUAUUAGAGUUCUGCUGUUGAAGGGCUUGAUCGUAAAGGGAGAAUUUUCUUUAGGUACCAUUAUGGCUCCCGAAAAGUACUUCUUGGAUAGGUUUGUGAUCAGAUAUCAAGAGCAAGUACCUGAAUUACUGCACAUCCUUCAAGGGAAAAUCGGUAUUGUGGAACUCGGCUUUGGAUUUUAGGAAUGAAGUGGAGUGAACCAAUUGUAAGACAAAGCUUGUUAGUUUUGUACUUAAAUACAUGAUUAAACUGGAUGAUAAGAACUACUUAUUCAUUGUAAGUUCUGCUGCCACAAAGAGUUAGAUCUUGCUCUACUUCGAAUAUUACAAUAGAAUAUCUUUUUUAUGUUCUGUUUUGUAAAUAAUGAUUCUCAUACAGCAAUGCAGAACGACGUUUAAAAAUAAAAUAAAAAGUGAUUUGGAGGUAUUAAUUUCUAA